AAGCGGGGGUCAAGGCAGGAGUAGGUUAGACGUGUGUGCUGUGUGUGUUUCCCCCUGUGUAGAAGGUCGUGAGCGCUCACACUGAAGUGUCUUGCUUGGAUGUGUUUAGCUGGAUACAGGUUCGAGACGUCAGUCAUCCCCCCUCCCCCCUGCCAUUACCAGAACAAGGCGAGACAGUAUUCCACAUCUACCUGAGCUUGCACCAGCAGAACAAGUACCCAGCUCACCCUCUUCCACCCCUCCACCCCACCCCUCAGCUCACCCUCCUCCACCUCUCCACCCCUCAACCCUCUAGUACUCAGUGUGAAAUACUGUGACACGUAUAACUGGCUGUGGCUGAAAACAUGCAGGACUUUUAAAACAGUUUCGUCAAAUUGAGAAAAAAAAUGGAGACAAGCGUCACGUGAUAAGGUUUUGAACAUUCUAGAAUUGUCACUACCGGCCUGUGGCUGCGUUCCAAAAUGACGGCCAUGGAGGAAGAUGUGGAUGACCGGUUUGCCGGCAUCGACAUCGACAGUUUACUGAACAGGGCGGAGAAGCGCUCGUUUAACUAUGGCCGGAAGAAAACUUUAUACGAAGCUCCCGAAUUCAUACAAAGGUUGAAUGGAGAAGAAACAGUCAUGGAGGGGCAAUCACUCUGCAUUGAAUGUAAGGUCGCAGGAUUUCCCGCCCCCACGUUACGGUGGUACAAGGACGAUGAGGAGAUUGUCGACCAUGGGCGGAUCCACAUAGAGAGCAACGGGAGGGGAGGCUACUGUCUCAUCAUCGACAACGUCAACAAGGGGGACGAGGCGGCGUACCGCUGCAGGGCGGAGAACGUGGAGGGGGCGUCAUCGUCCCGGUUCUUCCUCUCUGUCAAAAGUAAACCAAAAAGCCCCAAGAAAAAAGACGCCAAAAGUUCGCCCAACCGCCGAACCGUCUCCUUCCCUCCAAUGUUCGCCACCAUCGUGGAGAAAGUCGAAGAGGAGGAGAAACAGGGGAUAGAACUCGCCAAGCUCCCGCCCUCGCCCAUGACGGAGUUCUACUACGCCCUGACCCUCAAAAGUCGCCAGAGCUGGCCUACGUUUCUUGGCGACUGGGCGUUCGCCAACAGCCCCGAGAAACGUCGCAACUCCACUGGAAGUAUACAAGACAAUCACGACAGUUCCUCUGAUGAAGACGUGUUCACAGACAGCGACUCUUCCUCCGGGCUAAGCGAGACGCCCCCAGCACAGAACCCUCUCUUCUACCUAGGCAACAACAACGAUGAACCCUCGACCCACCAGGACCUUGUCAUUUUCAACACCAACGCGUUGCAAUCAGAAGACGAAAUUAUUGAGAAUAGGGAUAAUACUAAUAACAAUCUCAUCUCCACGUUUUACCCGGAAAAUUCUAAUAAUUAUUUAAAGUUAGAUAAUGCUCAAGAAAAUGAUUUGAAAAUUUUAAAUUCUGACAGUAAAAAGAAAAAAGGAAACAACGAUAAAGAAAAGUGUAAGGAAAAAUCUGAAAAUGUAUCUUUAACUCAAGAACUGGGCAAUAUGAAGGUAUUGAAUACAGCUCAGGAUAGAAGCGUGUCUAAAGGAUUUGAAGCAAAUUUAGGAUACGCAAGCGAUCAUGAAAAGGAGAAACCAAGCAAUGUUUUGAAGAUUCCCCCAACAUUUAACUUAGAGGGUAGUAACGUGAUCUUCAGUAACACGAGAGCAGGUGCUAUGAGAGAAGCAGCGCCACCUAUCGUGGUGGAGAUGUGGGACGAAGUGGAAGAACCCCGCUCUCCUAACCUGAGGAGUUCUGACAGCAUCCGCAUUCCUAACGGGAACUCGCUUGACGCCUACAUGCGGGAGGAAAGAGAACCUACGCCUUUCUCGUUUGGAUCCAGUUUAACAUCUGAAAGUUUACUGCACGGUGUCAAGGACGAUGACAUAUUUAAUUUGGAUAGUCCUAGAGUAACACGUGAAUCAACUGUAUUUUUGGACAAGGGCGGUACAGGAUUUUUAGGAGGUUCUCCAGAAAUUGAAAAUAAAGAGUUUCAUAGAGAACCUACUCCAUUUUAUGACAACAAAACAACAGCGACUCUUUGUUUUGGGACUGAACUGCAAAUCCCAGGAAACAUCAGUGUUGACAGGGAACCGAGAGAAUUGACGCCAUUUUUUAAAGAGGAUAUAGAGAAAAGUCCUCGGUCAACAUUAGACUCAAUGAAGACUUCAUCUAGUUCCAAAGUGGGUGCAGAAGCUAAGAGUGUCGUAAACACAAAACGUGGUAUACCAGUGCCUCCUUCUAAAUCAAGUAAGGUAAAAUCGAAAACUUCUGGAGACAAGAAAGAUUUAGUCAACAUCACUGUAAAUGCUGAUAACCCUCAUACACUGCCUUCACCAGAAGAAAAUGCAGGCAAAAAUUUAAAUACUUGUAAAAACAGCACUAAAGAUGUUCGCGGUGCGAUGGCUGUUAGUGGAGAAAGAAGAAGUCGAUCUGAAACAAGAGCUAAUAGAAGCCAAACAACGGUCGAAGUGGCGACGGUAGAAGCCCCAAAACCCAGGCAGUUGAGUGUUCCAAGAGAUACAUCACCAACCGUCGCGACCACCAGCAGUCAAGUUCAGACGUCCAGACAGCAGAAAGAUCUGACAAAAUCUGGCCAAGACAAGAAACAGUCGAGUGCCAAAUUGAACAAAUCACCUCAGAUAAGUAAACAGCAACCGUCUACAUCUAAACUCACUGCCAAUGUAACAAGGAGCACCGACGCAGUUAACAAACAAAAACAGGCUUCUAAUACAGGCCGAGAGAAUAAGGCAGCACUUAACCAAAACGCUAACCAAGAUCUGGAUGUAGAUAAAACAAAUCAAAAGGUCAAAACCAAAGGCGCAACUGCAACUGUAAACAAGGGGCAGGCAGUGCAAUUAGAUUCAAAACCAAAAAGCAAACAAAGUUCUACGACAAACGGAAAGAAGGCCGAAUCAGAUUCCAUCACUACCAAAGAAUCAAAAAGAAAAACACAACAAACGCUAUCAGAUACACAAAAACCACUCACCCUAACUAGCAGGCUAAAGAAAUCUAUCAAAGUUUUAAUGCCACAAACUGAAAAUAAACCCGAAAGUUCUAGAAUGCUCAGCCAGUCCACUGAUCAAGACACCGCGUUACCUGACCUCAAUUUUGCGUCAAUGCCUGUUGUGUUGGCCAACCCGUUCGCUAGUUUCGACACCAUGAGAACAUCCCACUUUGGGGUGUCCCUCAUCACCAACCCGCCCCCCGCAGACACAACCAUGCCUCACAACAAACCAAUAGCUAUGGUUAAAGCACGGCCCAAACACGUCACUUCCGUCACUUCUGACUCUUCAUCAAGACUCGAAGCUCAGGGAGAAAACGGUUUAGACGCAAGCAAUCGUAGACCCCGAGAUGUUAAACCUAAAACUUUAUCUGGCACGCUAACCUCUUUCUUUAAACCUAAACCUACCGACAAAGAAAACAAGAAAAAGACUUCCAAACCGACAGACAGGAAAAGGAAAUCCAAAUCCAGCAAACAUGAAGAACUCCAAGAAAGAAGCGCUGUCGUAGACUCGGAAACAUCAGUGAAAACUCUCUCAGAACUGGCUCUUGCUAAAUGUUCGCCUUUCGGUCGGCACUCAAUGGAAGGUCUCCUCUUCAUCUUCAUCAUGACGAUGAUCUGCUUGAACUUGGAAAUGCCCGUAGAGAAGUUCCUCUGCUACAUCAUUGCUUCCUUCUACACCUUCUGUGUGCUAAGAAUUCUGGGACUAGUUGACUAGCAAACUAAUACCUCAAGCCUUUAGAUCAAAUAUGUGUGAUAGUUGAAUGGACCCUUUAGUUGAAUUAAACAUCGCUCAUGGAAUUCAUGCAUUCAUUAAAACCUUGUGUAUUACAAUAUAUUAUGAUCAUAAUAACUUUACAUCUAUGUAUAAUAAACAUAAUGAACAUAACAUACAACCCAAUUUUCACUAUAUGCAACAUAAUAUAUAUAAAUUAGAAGAAAAAAAUGUUUAUUACUAAUAAAAUAUUUGUGCAAUAAUUGUAUUUAAUACGGGAAAGUGUAAUUAUUAUUAAUUUAUUGAAUAAACCGCUGACAGUUGAAUUGUAAAAUUUCAACGAUGGUUAAUGUAAACUAAAUUAAAUUGCAUUAUAAUUAUGUAAAUUAUUUUGGAUGUCGUGAAUUUAAAUCAAAUCCACAAACGGUUAUAUUAGUGGUUGUUUUACCAUAAAUAAUAGCGGAUUAUGUUUUGACUGAUAUCUUCUCAUCUAAUACUUAGGUGUGUUUUUUUUUAAAUUUUAUAUCCAUCUGUUAUUACUUUAACAUUAUUUUCUAUUUUAUUUGGCUUUUAAAAAGAAAAGCUUGUUUUUCUUAAAUUUUUUUCAUCCAAACCAUGUUUUACUGCUUUUUCAGAUUUUUUAUUUGACUCCUUUAUAGUCCCUUCAUAAACUUUUAUAGCUAUAACAUUGAACUAAAACAUAUAAACUCAUAACAACGGUUGAUAUUGUACAUUUUUAUUAAUUGUAUACAACUCAUAAAUGUGCUCUGAUUUUGUCUGUGUAAACAUGAUUGUGUAUUGUAACAGGUAACUCAAUAAGCUCAAUUUAUCUGUUCUGUACACAAACUGUAAAGUCAUUAGGGUAGAGUCAUAUGUAUGUUGCCAUUGUAUAUGUGGUUUUCGCAUCCCCGUGAAUUGUAUGUACAUUUGUAUAGAACAUAUAAUCUUGUUCUAAAUGUAGAACUUGGUUCUAGAACAUAGUAUCGCUUUCUAUAUCAUGGUGCAUGUUCUCCAAGACGAGACGACGAUAUGUAUAUUUGUUCACGAACAUAAUCGUUUUACUUCAACAUGGAAUUCGGUUCUAGAACUUCAAACCUUCUAGAAGAGCAUGGAAGAUACUAGACUUUCAGUGACACGUGCAUGGUUUGUACAUGACCUUGGUUAUUGUGUUUCUUAGAAAAGGUGUUUAUAUUUAGAUCAAAUUUGACUGUUAAGUAUUUUACCUGGAUGAUUCAAAUUAAGGUGUUCCUGUCUUAACAAUGAUCAAUAAAAAAAAAUAAUUUUCAGAAUGUUUU